UAUAUUUUACAUUAAUUUGCUCUCCAACUCUCAAGAAUCUAGUGAUUUUCACUAUCUGUUGAAGUAUAACAGAUGAAGGGUGGUGUAGCAGAGUUGUUUGAUAGCUUCAGAAAAAUUGUUCUGCCAAUCGCGACGUUACUGCUUUUACUCAAAAUUAGCUACUCUUCAUUUGAUUCUACCACUGAUUCUUUGCUGCAAAAUUUUGAAUCAAGUCAAAAUGGAUCACUCCCUCUUGAUCAGCCGGAGCAAGUUUCUCCAGGAAUUACUGGUACUAGUACUAACUAUUCGGCGAAAACAGGGAUAAGGCAGCAAACAUGUAACAUCUUUGUGGGAAAAUGGGUACCAUAUUCAAAGGGACCAUACUAUACAAAUGAAACAAACUGUGUGAUCGAUGAUCGACAGAAUUGUAUGAAAUAUGGAAGACCGGAUAGUGAUUUCAUACAUUGGAGAUGGAAGCCAAAUGAUUGUGAGCUUCCACUAUUUGAUGCUACUCAAUUUCUGCAACUUGUUCGUGGAAAGACUUUGGCUUUUGUUGGAGACUCACUAGCAAGAAAUCAAAUGCAGUCACUUGUGUGCCUUCUAGCUAAUGCGUCCAUUCCUGUAGACGUAUCGGAGACUACGGACACAAGAUACAGGCGAUGGUUGUAUAAAGAUUACAACUUCACAAUCAUGGCCCUCUGGUCUCCACAGUUGAUCAAAUCCUACGACUCUGAUCCUACUGGCGAUCCCUAUUACAGUCUCAUGAAUCUGUAUCUCGACAAGGCUGAUGAUGUCUGGGCAAGUCAGGUUGACAAAGCUGAUAUUGUCAUAAUCUCUGGAGGCCAAUGGUUCUUUAGGCCAUUUAUGUACUACGAAAACGAUCAGCUCAUCGGAUGUCACAAAUGCAAUCAAAAGAAUGUUACAAAACAUACUCAUUACUAUGGAUACAGAAUGGCAUUUCGUACAGCUUUCAAGACCCUUUUAAGCAUGAAGAAAUUAAAGGGUCGAUUGGUAAUGCUAAGGCCAUUCUCCCCUGCACAUUUUGAGAAUGGGGAUUGGAAUAACGGAGGGAAUUGCAACAGAACAAGACCAUUCAAUAAUCAAGAAAUGAAGUUGGAUGGAUACGAAUUGAAGAUGUAUAUGAUUCAAUUGGAGGAAUUUAAGGUAGCAGAAAAGGAAGGUAGAAAAAGGGGUAGUGUCAAGUUCAAAUUUCUUGAUACAACUGAAGCAAUGGUAAUGAGACCAGAUGGACAUCCAAAUCAUUAUGGACAUUGGCCACAUGAAAAGAAAUUGCCUGAUUGUGUGCAUUGGUGUAUGCCAGGCCCUGUUGAUACUUGGAAUGAGCUUUUGUUAGCAACUUUAAAGAUGGAAGGAGAUGAAUUUAUUCAGAGAUAGAAACAGAAUUAUGCUUAGAAUUUGGUAAC